CUUGCCUACGAAGUGGUGUAAAAUGCUAAUGCGAUUGAAAAUUCUUAAACUAUGGGAUAUUAUUUUAUUUUUUAUUGUAUACUGACAUUGAGCUGUUAAGUCAAUUAAAUAUGCCUUCGAAGACACCUAAGAAGGUCGUCGGGAUGAUCAUAAGAAGCAGGAAACCAAUUUUAAAAGACAGUGUUAUGACGAGCUCUGGGAUUGGAGAACCAAGUGUGUACCAUGCUUUGGUGGUUAUUUUCCUGGAGUUCUUCGCCUGGGGCCUCUUGACAAUGCCCAUUAUUUCCACCCUCAAUGACACAUUUCCUGACCAUACAUUCCUGAUGAACGGACUCAUAAUGGGAAUCAAAGGACUAUUAUCAUUCCUGAGCGCUCCUCUGAUUGGAGCCCUCUCAGAUGUCUGGGGUCGCAAGUUUUUUCUACUCAUCACCGUCUUCUUCACCUGUGCACCUAUACCUCUUAUGACUAUUAACACUUGGUGGUUCUUUGCCAUGAUCAGCAUCUCUGGUGUUUUUGCUGUCACAUUUUCUGUUGUGUUUGCGUACGUUGCUGAUGUUACGGAAGAACACGAACGAAGCUUAGCCUACGGACUGGUAUCUGCCACCUUUGCAGCCAGUAUGGUAAUCAGUCCUGCUCUAGGGGCCUAUCUCAUGGAUGCCUAUAGUGAGAACGUGGUGGUCGCACUGGCAACAGCCAUUGCUCUUCUCGAUGUUUUCUUCAUUCUAGUCGCAGUACCGGAGAGUCUUCCGGAGAAAAUCAGACCACACUCUUGGGGGGCCCCGAUAUCCUGGGAGCAGGCAGACCCGUUUGCUUCCCUCAGAAAGGUUGGCAAGGAUCACACAAUCCUCAUGUUGUGUGUUACUGUGUUCCUGUCUUACUUACCUGAAGCUGGUCAGUAUUCUUGCAUCUUCGUAUAUCUCAAACUGGUGAUGGGGUUCAGUGUUGUGAUGGUGGCAGUGUUCAUUGCCGUGGUAGGCAUUCUCUCAGUAUGUGCCCAGAUAGUGCUGGGUAUACUGAUGCGCUCACUGGGCAGCAAACACACCAUCAUGGUGGGACUACUGUUUGAAAUGCUACAACUCAUGUGGUACGGCUUUGGCUCACAAACAUGGAUGAUGUGGGCCGCAGGACUGCUAGCGUCAAUUUCCAGCAUCACGUAUCCAGCCAUCAGUGCAUUCGUGUCCAUGCAUUCUGAUGCUGACAAACAGGGGCUGGUGCAAGGCAUGGUGACAGGUAUGAGAGGUCUGUGUAAUGGUCUGGGCCCUGCCAUGUUUGGUGUUAUCUUCUACCUGUUCCACGUGGACCUCAACGAGGACCCGAGACAGAGUAGGGAUGACCGAGGGGAUAACAACACCUUCGGACAUCCGGACGCCAUGCCUCAGUGGCCUAAAGGAGAAAUUGCCAAACAGCUGGUACCAGGGCCGCCGUUUGUGUUUGGCGCACUACUGGUCAUCUGUGCUCUUCUAGUCGCUGCCUUCAUACCAGAAGGUGCAGGAGUGGGGACAAGCUUACGAACCACCUCCAGGAGACAGUCUGACUAUUCUCUUCUAAGUCGGCCACCAGAAAAUGCCAGACUCUUGGUGGAGGUUUCAGACUAACCCAGGCAGAUUUCAGGGGGUACUGUACUAAGUUGCAGGUCUGUCCAUGGAGGUGCAUUAUGAGAUGGAGAGGAGCAAGAAGCACGAUGGUAUGAGUCAGAUGUCACCUUUAGUAGACAACAGCCUGCUCUAACCUCCUUCUGUUACCAUGUGAUCUAGUGUUACAUACGUUACGUUAGUAUUAAUUGUAAGAUAUGCGGCUGAUCAUCCCACCACUGCUGCUAUUGCUGCGAUACCAAAGCGUUAAUUUAGUUGUAGAUAGAUUUCCUCAGCUAAGGUUGUGUGGACUUAACAGUGUACAAAGUAGGCUAAGGAAUAAACGAGUCUUGAACUUAGCUGCAAGUUUGUCUGUGUGGUGUGUAAAUGAGCAUUUCUCCGUUGUUUUUUUCAUUAUUGUUAUUGUUGAAGUUGUCAGUUUUGGGAUGUAUUUACAUUUAGUCACUUGGCAACUUGAUCUCUCAUGUUUCCAUUUAGGUUUGUUUUACUAUGAUCAUCAACAGUACUGUACUGUUUUAUUAUAAUGUAUCUAAUUUACAUUUAUAUACAUCUUUUUUAUACCUUGACUUGGUCAAAUUGUAACAAUAUUGAAAAGUUUAUACAGGCUUUAGGUUUAGUUUGCAUAUUUUUCCUUGCAGUAUAUUUGCUGUUUACUGUUGGGUAAAUAUUUCUUUGUUUUAAUGAGAUCCAGUAAAGUAUUUAGUUGAGUAUUUUGAUUUGAAAAUCAAUAUCAGUUGUCCUGUGAAUGAUUGUACUAUAAGAUUGUUAUGUUGUAGAGUAUAGUUUGUUAACUUGUUAUUUGUGGACAUUCCAAAACAUCUACUGUAUAGUCAUUUUGUACGCUUUUACCUCAUAAAUUAGAAGAUAUGUUGUAUUGUCUAGAAAAAGUAAUUUCUGCAAUCACAUAUUUUAAAUUUUUUAUUCAUCAUUAAGUAGCACCAAAUACAUGAUUUUCAAUCCUUCCUAUGUAAUAUCGUAGUAGAAAUUAUUUUCCAGAUAUGAUAAUCUCAACUUAGCUUGAGCUAGGGAGAAUUCCUAAACGUUAGUGAAAAAUCUAAGUAUCAGUACAACAAUUUUAUAUAGCACAUUAGUACAAAAUUGUUAAAAACUAAAUUUUACUUCCUUUUGUCUUUGAAAUCACCAAUCGGUAACUUUAUACUUCAUUCUAUAAAGGUUUAAUUCAGAUUACUGUAAUAUAAUAGCAUUUUAGCUUUUGAUAUUAUUGUGUAUCCCAAGCACAGAUUAUUGGUUUGAACCAAGUUCGAUCUAGGGAAAAAUCGGUAUCUUUUUGGUGGUUUGAAACUGGGCCCAGCUGUCCUUCAUUAUUAGGCUUUAAUGAUCCUUGCUAUGGAUCAGUAACAACGCUACCAAAUGAGAUACCCACUCCAUUCUACACUCGUCCAUCAUUCAUAUUCACCUUAAAAUGUGUAGGCCUACAAAAAAAAUCAUCUUAAUGAAGCGACGAGUAAUUGUAAUCCAAUUGAUGAGUGAUUAACAAUUAAUUUGUCAUCCUUAUGGAUCAGCUGAAAAGAAUUACUAAGUAUGUUUCUAUAUGAUUUGUUGUGUGUAUUUUUGGUGUGGACUAUUUAUUUCUCAUCAAUUUUUAAUUGGUUUUUACCUGAAAAAAACAGAUUAUUUUCAAACUAUUUCUUGUUGUCUGGUCAAAACAAAUAACCAAUAAUUGGAGGUGUAAAAUUCAUCCUACAGUAAAAAAAAACGUAUAUUCAACAACAAACUAUUUAAAAGAAAUCAGACUUUCUUGAAACACACACAAAAAGACUUCAGUUUUUACAAUUGUGUGAUAAGUCUACUUGCAGUAGGUAUCCAUUCAUUCCUUUGGUGUAAAAUAGUGUUUUUGUUUGUUAAAUCUUGGGUUUCAAUGAAUGCACAUAUUCUGUAACGACAAUAUUAAGUCUGAACUGUCAUUGUAAGGCCUAAUGCGUGUUUACAAAAUUGUAAUUCUUUUAACUAGAAUUUUUAUAUUUGUAAGCUUAACAGUUUCUGUAUUAUGGAGUUAACUACAUUUCCUUAUGUGAAAUCAAUAAUUGUAAAAUAUGUAAAUUAAAUUGUAAUAUUAUGUAUAUACAAUGUUAUAGUAUUUAUGUUUGAAAUGUGGAACUACCCUUACACUUUAAUGUUACUUAAUUUAUUUGAGUAAAUAGAUGACAGGAGUCAAUAUUCCCUUUCAAAUUUUAUUAGCUGCAGUCUGAGUCUGGCCUUAUACGUUUUGAAAUUCCAUAAUUCCAUUCUAAAGAUCCAUUAUAAGUAGCUUAAACAAUAUACAUUAGAGUCUCAACUAUUAUUGUGUGUAUUGUUUUGUCAUAUUUUUACUGUUAGAAAAGUGUUGUUGUUAUUUUGACGGUUUCCUUAUUUUCUUUGCUUAUUGUGGUGGCUUAAAAAAAAUUAAAAAAAUUGGUUUUUCAAUGGAAGAUUAUCUUUAAGCCUAUACAGGUUUGAUGGUGGAGAAACUAUUAAUUUAUUUGAUGGUAUUUAACAUGGUGAUAUAUUGGUUUUUUAUUAUUAUUUGAGCCUUCCGGACUUUGCAGCGGCCAAUUUAGGUUGAAUAAUUGAGACUCUACUGUCAUAUUGAUAUUUUUUGAACUAGGAAUGCACACUGUGGUAACUAAUGAUACUAGGAUUCAGAAACAGUUUGGUAUAUAGUUGAUGAUACACCAGGUAUCCAUUAAAUUCUAACACAUUAGUCGUAAUCCGUGUAAUUUAUUGAGGUCAUUGAGAUAUUGCAUUCUACAGUAUAGAGUAUUUAUACUAUAUGAUGUAUGUGAGGGAUUUUUGUAUAUUAACUUCUUCAAAAUCAAAUACCUGUUUUAGUAAAUUAUGAAAUAUUAACUAGGUAGCUUUCCUUAGUUUUGACCUACCAAAUUAGUUGUUUGUGUCUUUCACUUAAAAUCUUUGUUAUAUAUAAAUAAAAACAAAGUGCUCCUUUAGCUGAUACAGCCAUUUAGAGUAUAAACAAGUCUUAUCACAUUUCUAAAAUAAGUUAUGGUUGGAUGUUAGUAAUCAAAAUUAUAUUGCCUCCAGAAUCACAAAAUUGAGUAAGAACAAUAACUCUGUCAAUAAAAUCUUGCUCAAUAUCAGAGUGUGACCCAUAUAUAAUUACUAAUGAGUUCUAUUACAUACAGUACCGGUACCUAUUAAAUUUGCCUAAGAAGAUAAUACAUCAGCAAAUGAAUAAAAUUACAUUAGUAAUCUGUUUUUAUGAAUUUCAGAAUAUGGAGAAAAUUAAAUCAGUACAUAAAAUUGUUUUAGAUUAUGAUGGAUGCAAAAAACCCCUUUGGUGUUAAUUUGGUUCAAAGUAUCUCAAGAUUCAGCGAAUUAAAAAGUUUAUACAUCACUGAGAUAUCUAUCAUGCCCUUAUUGAUAACUGUCUUAUUCAGUAUUGGUAUCAUAUUCUGGGCUUUACUAUCUCUAUACCUCAGCACUAGCUAGCAUUUUUAAUGGCAUUCAAAUAUUAACACGGUUAAGUUUAGCUGAUAAUUAAGUUGAAGAUCCUUUUUGGUAUCACUACGAAUCUACAGAAAUCAAUGAAAUGAAUACAUAAUUUUGUAGUAUACCUAAUUUUUAUCAUCAACCAAACAUUAUGGUGUUAAAAUCUGGUAAAAUCUUAAACACAUAAUUGUGAUUUUCAGCUUAAGACUGAUUAUUUUAACAGACAUUUUAUUAUGUUUUCUACCUAAUAGGCUUACUUCUUUGUCACAACAAUGACCUAACAUUGUUUCCUGUGAUCAAGGUUCUUAAUGUUCAACAAUACUAUAUCUUGACAUAAAUAAACACAACUGUUGAAGUGUCUUUAGAAUAGUUUUACGUGUGUUAACAAUGAAAGAUUUAUUGUAAAAUCAUAUUGAAAACAAUACAGAGUAAUGUUACAAAAUGAACCGUCAGAUUUAUGGGAUUGUUGUGUACUGUAGUUUGUUUGAAAAUCGAAAUACCAUUACUUCUUGUUCACUUGGCUUGGAGCCACGUUUCUUCUCUACAGCUGACUAAUUAGCUGUUAGCACUUGUGAUCACGAAUAUUACUGAUAGAGUUUAAUAAAUUUAUUUUAAAUAA